AUGGCUAUCGCGAACCAUGGGGCAUCGGUUCCAGACCUAAUCGCCGUUGGCAGCGAGCAGGAGAAUGUAGAGGAAUGGAGAAAAAGAUGCAAUAUCGAUCAGAGCUCACAGAUACGCCUGGUGAAAUUGGCCCAUAUGCGGUAUCAACAUCCAAACUUGGAUCAAAUCACGACUUUCCUCCAAGGGUUCCCACUCAAUUUGAUGUAUGGGCAAGCCCCAGCAGAGAAAGGGGAGUACCCGGAGAAACUUACUAUCAAUUAUGAGCAAGACAAGCCUCGCACUCGCAGGUUUCAGCGUUUCGAACCAGGCCCCGCAGCUGUGCACAAGCUGGGACAUUUUGGUCUAUGUACCCAGGACUUCGAGAAGAUGGUUAAUUUCUAUACCAUGACAUUCAAUAUUGUUCCGACAGACUUUCUAUAUGUCGAAAAGGAGGGAAAGAAGCACAAUGUCGCAUUAUUCGCACAUAUCGAUCGCGGAGCCGAUUACGUGGACCAUCACAGCUUUUUCAUAAGCACCAAUGCCACAACUCAUGUUCAUCACUGCUCAUUCGAAGUCCAUGAUUUCGAUACUCAGAAGCUUGGACAUCAGUGGCUUGCUGAAAAGAAGUAUGAAUCUGUGUGGGGUGUCGGUCGCCAUAUUCUUGGAUCUCAAAUCUUCGAUUACUGGUGGGACACCACUGGAAACAUGAUCGAGCACUAUGCAGAUGGAGACCUUGUGAAUAACCAAACUCCGAUUGGUUAUGGUCCCGCAGGAGACGAGUCGCUGGCAGUGUGGGGUCCCGAGGUACCUGCCUGGUUUUUGAAAUAG